AGACUAUUUAGAUUAUUUAUUUCAUGGUAGAGUCAAAAAACUCAAAAAUGAGACGAACUCAUUCAGGCUAUGGGUAUGAACCAGUACCAAGUACUUCUUAUUCUAUGGAAGAAGAAAAUGAUAGAAUGACUGCCGAGUUAAGAAGUAAAAUUGGCACAUUAAAGUCACUGUCAAUUGAUAUUAGUACAGAAGUUAAAUAUCAAGAUCGAAUGCUUCGAGAUAUGGAUGAUGAUUUUGAAAGAACAGAUGGAUCACUUCGUGGAUCACUUGCUCGAGUAUUUAGGUUGUCAAAAGGAAAUCACAACUAUUAUAUAUUAUACACGAUAAAGUACAAGAAUGUUUAGAGGUCUUUGCAUCCCAAGUCAGUAAAAAAAUUUAUAAUAAUCAAAGUUUUUUGAAACUUUGAAGAAAUUUUAAAGACUUGCAGUUUCUAAAGUCUUCUUAAAUUUCAAAGUUUUUAGAAUGGUUUUGGGAUUCUUUUGAGAUAAAAGUCACAUAAAAGUGUCGAUUUUAUGAAUCAUUUGAUUUGCUACUGAAAUGUAAAUUUUUUGUUAGAGAACUCUGUUUCUAAAAUAAGUAAUAAAUAUUUCUACAUUCUACUGACAACUGUUUAAAAAUACAUAUUACCUAGUCUUUCUAUAUACUGGAAUUUAAACUUAUUUAAAAAUAAAAUUAAUGCUCUUACUCCUUCAACUUGAACUUAAAAAGUGCAAACGUCAAAAUUUUUGUCCAUGAUCAGCUUGGACAACUAAAACUGCAUUGGCUUCUAGAGUUAA